AUAUAUAUAUAAUGGGCCAUCUACUUUAGACGUCGACCUUGAAAUUCAUACGGAUCUGUUUGUUCUAGAGGUUUCGAUAGUUUAGGUUUUUUCUUCUACUUCUCCAGCGAUUGAAAUGGCAGGUGGCAAUUUCAUGGGCAGAUUGAUGUCAUAUGUCAUCAAUGAAGUCCUUGUCAACAGUCUUGCAAAUAGUCAUGCUUUCCAAAGAUUUGCUGUCAGGACCUCCAAGAAGAUUGAAAACAUCUCUAAAAUAGCUCAAGAGAAGAAAGUAGACAUGAGUGAGCAACUGAAAGAUUUCUCAAAGAAAGUUGAAGAGAACUUGAAGAAUCGUCAGUAAUUCAAUUGGAUACCGAUACUUCACCCGCUUCUCAUGGCGCUAGCAUAGAGAUCUUGAACUGUGUAAAAACAUACAUAUUACGACAACCUGUGACCAGGUUGUCGGCUCUGUAAAAAGAAUGCUCACGAUUUUUGUCAAUUCCUUGAAUCAGUUUGGAACCUGAUGUAUUAAGCACUGUGUGACAAGCUAAAUAACGCCCAUGAGUGAUGGGCAUUAUUUAUAAUAACUUAGAUGCCAGAAAUUAAUGUUAAUUACCGAAUUGCUAGUUUUUAACAGAUAAUAAAUCAAGCUAAGGGCUAUGCAAAGAGAAA